AUGUCGGAUAUGAAAUUAGUACAAGAGAUGACUACCAGUCUAAGAAACAAUAAAGCUCAAUUGGAUAUGGUUAAUCAACAGAUAUCACAUCUUGAUAGACAAGGCCAGAUAGCACAAUUAACAGCUGAUGAGUUAGGUUCUUAUCCAAAUAAUGAAGUUUGGAGAUCAUGCGGAAAAGCAUUUAUCCUACAGAGCAAAGAUAAAUAUGUCACCGAUUUGAAACAUGAUGAAAAUGUUAUUAAUGAACAAAAAAAACGUUAG